ACAGGGAAUUGAAGAUGAAGAUUAAAGCUAAAAUGCAAUCGGUCCCCACGCGCUUUAAUGCGCGUAUUUUAUUUUAUUUAUAUGAGAACUUCUUAUGACAAAUUUAAAAGUAAAUCCAACUACUACAUACUACUACAUGUUUUGUUUGGGUGUUUACGUGGGCAAGCUAAGAAUGAAGAUGACGAUGCUUUCUCUGCUGCUCCUUUUCUGUCUCUCUGCGCUGCCUCCUCAUAUGGCAAAGCCUUCUAGUCAUUCUGUUGAACAAGCUCUCAUGGCUUUCAAAUCUGCCAUCUCUGUCGAUCCAUUUUAUUCCUUGCUCGAUUGGUCUCCCAAUCACAACUUCUGCAAUUGGACUGGCAUCACCUGCUCUUCUCGUCGACAGCGUGUGGUUUCCUUCAAUCUCACAGGUAUGGGAUUAGCUGGCCCCAUCUCUCCCUUUCUGGGAAAUCUUUCCUUCCUUAGGGUACUUGCUCUCAGAAAUAAUAGUUUGGAGGGUCAUAUUCCAUAUCAGCUUGGAAGGCUAUUUCGCUUGAGAGUACUUCGGUUGUCAUCCAACAAUUUAGAAGGUCCCAUUCCAUCCUCUCUGGGAGGCUGUCGUUCUUUACAAUCUCUCAUACUGACAUUUAACAAUUUGAGUGGAAGCAUUCCCUCUGAAUUUAGUCUUCUUUCAAAUUUAGAAACCAUGGCAUUAGGAGCAAAUCAACUCACUGGAGAGAUACCAGUGGCCCUUUCAAAUUGCUCUCAUCUCCAGAUAUUAGACCUAGUUCAAAACCACUUAAGCGGCCCAAUUCCAUGGGAGUUUGGAAGGCUGUCAGAGUUGCAAGAAGUGUAUAUGUGGGGAAACCAGCUCACUGGAGAAAUACCCAGCUCAGUGAGUAAUUGGACUCAGCUGCAACUGCUGGAUUUGAGUAAGAACCAACUGAGAGGAACAGUGCCCCUGGAAUUUGGGAAAAUGCAGCAGCUGAGACGACUUUAUUUGUGGCGAAAUAAUUUUGUGAGUGGAAGCAAUGGUUUGUCUAUUCUAACAGUGUUAACUAAUUGCUCCAGCUUGGAACAACUUGCUUUGGCAACUAAUUAUCUCACUGGCGUCUUGCCGAGUUCAAUUGGUCGUCUUUCAAAUUCAUUCUCAUUUUUAGAUUUGCAUUUAAAUGAAAUUGUGGGAAACAUACCAGAUGAGAUUGGUAACCUCACAGACUUGGCAUUUCUAAGCCUAGAAGCAAACCAGCUCAAUGGGACCAUUCCAUCUGCACUUGGUAAACUUCCAAAUCUGGAAAGAUUGUAUCUGAGCUCAAACAAUUUACAGGGAAGAAUUCCAGAAAGUUUUGGUCAAUCAAAAAAACUUGGAUUGUUGAUACUCAGUAAUAACAUGCUGUCAGGGCGAAUUCCAAAUAGUCUUGGUGACCUUCCACAAUUAAGAAGGCUUAAACUUCAUUACAAUCAACUGUCAGGUAAAAUACCUGCCAGUUUAGGAAGAUGCAAGACAUUGGAAACGGUGGACUUGGCACACAACAAACUAACAGGAAAUAUACCUCCUGAGGUUGCAGGUCUUCAAAAUCUCCAGUUCUAUUUCAAUGUUUCAGGCAAUUUACUGCAAGGUUCUAUUUUGGAAAUUAGCAAAUUGGUUAUGGUUUUAGCUAUAGAUGUUUCUCAAAACAAUUUCUCGGGUGGCAUUCCCAGUGCACUAGAAAGCUGCAAGGGCUUGGAAUAUCUAAAUCUUUCUUGGAAUGCAUUCGAGGGGUCAAUCCCAGCAUCACUAGCAGAUCUACAAAAUCUACAAUACAUGGAUCUUUCCUGCAAUAACUUGUCAGGUACAAUACCAGUGGCUUUAAAAAAGCUGAAGAUGCUCCAGCAUCUCAACCUCUCUUCAAACAGGUUGACUGGCGAGGUCCCAAAGGAAGGAGCGUUUGCAACACUUGAUGCCUCAGAAAUUGUGGGAAAUCUUGGCCUCUGUGGUGAAUGGCUAAACUUGCUGCCAUGCUCUCAUUCCAAUCAUAAACAACCAUCACUCUCCAAAAAGGUGAGUAUUCCUGUUAUAGUGGGCAUUGCAAUUUUGAUCAUGUCUCUUCUAUUGGUUGCAUUUUCCUAUAGAUACAAGCGUUCCAGUGUCCCUGCUCUCAAAGUAUGGCCUCCAAAAAUUUCACAUAAAGAACUGGUAGAUGCAACUAGUGGGUUUAGUAAUGAAAAUCUUUUAGGAAUUGGCAGUUUUGGGUCAGUUUAUAAAGGGAUUCUAAAGAAUGGUCAAAAUAUUGCUGUUAAAGUUCUCAAAUUGCAAGAUGAACUCGCUCAAAAAUGUUUCAGCAGAGAAUGCAAUGCAUUAAAGAGAGUUCGGCACCGCAACAUAAUUAAAAUCAUUUCAGCAUGCUCCAACCUUGAUUUUAAAGCCUUAAUUCUUCCAUUCAUGUCAAAUGGAAGUUUAGAGAGAUGGUUGUAUCCUCCUGAAGGGGGUAGAUGCAGAUUAAAUUUGAGUGAUCGAAUAAGGAUAGCAAUGGAGAUAGCACAAGGGAUGGAAUAUCUUCACCAUCAUUGCUUUGUUCAAGUGAUUCACUGUGACCUUAAGCUCAGCAAUGUCUUAUUAGGAGAUGACAUGACUUCAUACGUAGCUGAUUUUGGCCUUUCCACUCUUAUAUUUGGCAAUUGUGUGGAUUCUUUGACUUCUACAAAUGCACUUAGAGGAUCUAUUGGCUACAUUGCACCAGAGUAUGGAAUAGGUGGACCACUUACUACAAAAGGAGAUGUAUACAGUUAUGGAAUUUUAAUUUUAGAGUUGUUGACAAAGAGGAGAUCAACAGAUGAUAUGUUCAUUGAAGGAAUGAAUCUAAAAAAAUGGACAGAAUUGCAUUUUCCAAAUAAAAUUUCAGAUGUGGUGGAUAAUUGUCCACUUAUAGAUGCUCAUGAAUCAGAGAUAUCAAUGGUAAUGGAAUGCCUUACUCAAUUUAUACAAAUUGGGUUGUUUUGUUCAAGGGAAUCACCUUCAGAGCGUCCUGAUAUGAUUGAGAUAGUUAAUAGAUUAAAUACAAUCAGAAGUACUUUUCUUGGUGUGCCUAAAACUAUUCAAUUACCAGUAGAUAUCUCUCCUUUUCUUGACAAUAGAAGAGAUAAAAAUAUGGCUGGUUUGGGAAAUAGGGGAAGUUCGUCUACAUCCACAUCCUAAGCCUAAAGAAGUUUUUUUUCUUUAUUUCUUGUCCAAUCAAAAAUAUAUGAUGUCCUAAUGUAAAUUAUUUUGGAUGGUAUAGUUUAUUGUGAGCAGAUGAAAUAAUGCUCAGCUUGUGCUACUUAUAUGGUAUAAUAUGGUGGCAUGAUUUAGGUCCUCACAUUUUAAAUUGUGAGUGUAAAGGAGAUGUGGAUGUGACAUAUUUUGGACAUACCAAUCAUCUGGAUAUGCGAUUAAAUAUAUAUCUUAAUAGAA